AUGAUCAAAUACUUGAAGAAGAACAAGUUGUGUAAAUCAGAUCAUGAAAGCCAGUUGCUCCAACAGCCAGUGCAGUCUGCAACUCUGCCUAAUAAAAAUAAUCGAAAAGUUAUUAGAUUUAAUGUAAUCUCAAGGAACAAGCUUGGUGACAGAAACAUGACGAUCCAAGAUCUAAAUUCUCCAUCUCCUUUUAUAGAUCUUGCUACUGCUAAUGAGUCUAACAAGAGCCAACUGUAUGUAAAUCAAGAGCAAAAUUCAAACAUUCUUUCUGGGAAUAGGAAUUAUGUGAAAUCAUGCUCCCCUGCUCCUAUGCAGGUGAGAUACGACGGUUCUGGGAGUCCUCAACAGAGAACUCUAUGAGGAUCUCCUCAAUAUUUUUAUAAAACUAACAUUAAAAACCAUGCCGAUAGCAGGAAUAAUGCAAGUAGGAGUCUUCGUAAUUAUACAAGCAUUAAAAUCGCUAAUAAUAUGAAUAUCAAGACCUCAAGAGUGCUGAGUUAUCAGAAAUAGAAAUAACAGGCCAAAAAGAAUCUUUGCUAAGUUUCUUCCAGAACAACUUGAGCGUAUCAAGGCUCAGUAUUAUGAACAAAGAAAGCUCAAGGAAUCUCUUAUGUUGCCUAAGAUGACCAAGUCUGGGAAUAUGAAUCAGAAAGUGGAGAAUAAUAACCCAAAUUUGGAGAGAUUUCCAAUCCAGACCCAAAGAUGGAACAGUCUCAACAGAUUUCUACAGAAAUAAGUGUAAAAGAGAAAACAACAAUCCCACUUUGAUGGAUAGAAUAGAUCAAUUUGUAGAAAAGCAGCAGGAAAUUAACUGAAUUAAUGCUAUGCAAUCAGAGAGUACUCAAUUUGGAUGCCUAAGGUGGAUGUCUGAGCUAAGGAAUUCAGAUAAAAACAAUGAACCAAUCAGAACACCUACUGGACACUAUUGAAGUACAAGGUUUAGCAGCCCUGAUAAUAGACCUAAAGCAAAACAUAAUUUUGAGAUUUGAGUAAAUCCAAAAAUAAAAGGAAAGGACGGAAGCUUUAGAAAAGCAAAGCAUUUCAUGAAUCUGAAGAGGCGUCUACUCAACUCCAAGUUGCUUCUUAACGCUACUACUCAGCCAAAGUCUUUCGGAGACACUACAAAUCCUCCAGACUCCGAAGGCACAUCUCUAAAUAAAAGAGUCGAUGCUCUGAGUGAAUUCGAGAUCAGGCUCAAUAACUUGAAAGAAGUCAGAGUUGAAGGCAGAAACAAGUUUGAGAUGGAGUUAGAGUCAUGUCUCAAGAUCCCAGAAGACCAGAGAAUGAAGCUGAUUGGUAUUCAAUAA